CGACGGUGAAGUAGGGCCUACUUUGUAUCCACUCAUCCAGGAACGAGGUUAUAUGCUUUGUAUCAUUUAUUAAUAGCUCUGAGGAUGAAAGAAACUUCACCUAAACACAGUCUUGCCCCCAGCAAUCUGCCAGCACCCAAGCAUAUCAAGAUGCCUGUUAAUGAAGACAUAGAUGACAGCUUGUACAGCCGCCAGCGCUAUGUUCUUGGAGACAGUGCCAUGAAGCAGAUGGCACAUUCUAAUGUCUUCCUCAGUGGUCUUGGUGGAAUAGGCAUAGAAAUUGCUAAGAACAUUGUCCUGGCAGGUAUAAAGUCCUUGACCAUCAACGAUAACAAAUCAUGCAGCCUGAAAGACCUUGGGACACAGUUCUUUCUCAGAGAACAAGAUGCUAAAUCCAACAAGACCAGGGCGGAAGCAUGCUACAGCCGCAUUGCAGAGCUAAACCCGUAUGUGAGCAUCAAGCUGAGUCAACAGACAUUGGCGGACAACUCAGACCUUGACUUCCUCAAGCAGUUCCAGUGUGUUGUCCUUACUGAAGCAACGCUCAAUCUGCAGCUGAAGAUCAAUGAGUUCUGUAGGGCUCAGACUCCUCAGAUUAAGUUUAUCAUGGCUGAUGUGUACGGUCUGUACAGCUACUGUUUCUGUGACUUUGGAGAUGAGUUUACAGUCUAUGAUGCAAAUGGUGAAGAACCCAGACAGACAUUCAUUGCUAAUAUCACAAAGGGCAAUCCUGGCGUAGUCACAUGUCUAGAUCAGCAAUAUCAUGGUCUGGAAACAGGAGACUAUGUGACCUUCAAAGAGGUCAAGGGCAUGACUGCACUCAAUGAAACAAGGCACAAGGUCAAAGUGAUUUCGGCAUACAAGUUCAGUAUAGAGGACACAUCAGGUGAUGAGUUUCAGCCGUAUGAGACUGGUGGUAUAGCUAUAGAAGUCAAGGUUCCUGUUACUGUCAAGUUUCUUCCUCUUCGAGACCAACUGACCAACCCGUCUGCUAUCCUCGUAGACUUUACCAAAGACCUGAUGGUGUCCCAUCUUGCUAUGUAUGCUCUUCAGCAGUUCAGGGAGGAGAAUGGUAGACUACCAAGUGCACGGUGGACUGAAGAAGAUGAAGGUGCCUUUGUGAAGAUCGCAAUGCGUCUGAACGACACCCUAGCCGACCCCAUCCCAUCCCUAUCUACCAAGCAGCUUGUAUCCCUGGCGUCGUGCGCUGAAGGUUGCUUUGCUCCGCUCUGUGCUGCCUUGGGUGGGUUUGUAGCUCAAGAAGUCUUGAAGGCACUCACCGGCAAGUUCACUCCUCUGAAGCAAUGGGUCUAUCUUGAUUCAUCAGAAGUGUUGAAGGGUCUAGAAAAUGAAAUGGCAGAAAAUUUCAGGCCAAAGAAAGACCGAUACGAUGCUCUUCGAAUCUGUCUUGGUGAUAACCUUGUGCAGAAGAUAGCAUCUCAGAAUCUCUUUAUGGUGGGAUGCGGUGCAAUAGGAUGUGAGAUGCUCAAGAACUUUGCCAUGCUUGGUGUAGGAGUUAGUGGAGGAAAGAUAACAGUGACAGAUAACGAUAUCAUCGAGAAGUCUAACCUGAAUCGACAGUUUCUCUUCAGACCUCAUCAUAUACAGAAACCCAAAUCAGAGACUGCAGCACAAAGCACCAGAGAUAUUAAUCCGGAUAUGAAGAUCGAAGCACAUCAGAAUAAAAUUUGUCCACAGACAGAAACAACUAUCUACACCGAUGCCUUCUUUGAAGGAAUGGAUGUCAUUGUCAAUGCCCUUGACAAUGUACAGGCAAGGAGAUAUGUUGAUAGUCGAUGUGUAACCAAUCAGAAGCCAUUGAUGGAGUCUGGAACGCUAGGGGCCAAAGGCCAUGUACAGGUCAUAGUUCCUCACUUGACGGAGUCUUACGGAAGUAAACAGGACCCUCCUGAAAUGUCCAUACCCUACUGCACCCUCAAGUCAUUCCCGGCUCAGAUUGAACAUACUAUACAAUGGGCCAGAGACAAGUUUGAAAGCCUGUUUGCUCAGAAGCCAAGUAUGUACACUAAGUACUGGGAGGUGAACGGACCACCUGAAGAUGUAGUGAAGAAACUUGAAGGGGGAGAAGCUUUGGAGAACACCUUACCUGUCACCAAGUACCUUAUUAAUAGGGGGACAUCAUGGAAGGAUUGUGUGAGGAUAGCGAGAAUCAAGUUUGAGAAGUACUUCAGUAACAAGGCCAUGCAACUGCUCCAUGCCUUUCCCUUGGAUGCAAAGACGUCAGAUGGAGGUAUGUUUUGGCAAUCACCUAAAAGACCACCCACCCCACAGGUGUUCGAUCCAAACUCAGAAUUGCACAUGUCAUUUGUAGUAAGCUGUGCCCGCCUCCUUGGUGCUGUAUAUAACAUUCCAGUGGGUGAGAUGGAUCCCAGGAAGGAGACAAUAGAAGCCAUCCUAGCCAAUGUACCUGUUCCUCCAUUUGUACCAUCUUCUAAGCGUAUAGUGACUGAUGAAUCGGAAGGCAAAGAAGAGAAAACUGAGGGGGCUGGAGCUACUGAUAUGACAUCUGCAGCUAAAGAGCUUAAAGCUGCUCUUAAAUCUGGAAAAGCUGCUUCAGCUCUUCUACGACUGACCCCAGCGGAGUUUGAAAAGGAUGAUGAUUCCAACGGUCAUAUAGACUUCAUUACUGCUGCUUCCAACCUGAGAGCAAACAUGUACAGUAUUGAGAAUGCUGAUCGGUUCAAGACCAAACUCAUCGCAGGAAAGAUUGUCCCUGCCAUUGCCACUACCACUGCAGCUGUUGCUGGAUUGUCUGCUAUUGAGAUGGUGAAAUACAUCAAAGGAACCACAAAGAUUGAGGAUUAUCACAACUGCUUCCUCAACCUAGCUCUCCCCGUCAUGAUGUUCUCGGAGCCAGCUAGAACCGUAACAACCAAACUCAAGCAAGGUUUGUCCUAUACUGAAUGGGAUAGAUGGACAGUCAAGGGUCACAAGGAUUUCAAACUACAGGAAUUCAACCAACAUUUGAAGGAUAAGUACGAAUUGGAUGUAUCAAUGGUCGCUAUAGGAGCUAGGCUGAUCUAUCUUCCUGUCUUACCUGGUCAUCCAAAGAGACUCAAACAAAAGAUGAUGGAUCUUAUCAAACCAGCAGCAGGUCUAAAGUACAUUGACCUCACUGUCGGCUUUGAGGAGGAAGAUGAAGAAGAUGAAGAGGGAGUAGAGAAAGGCAUCCCACCUAUCAGGUACUUCUUUGGAGUUUAAAGGCAACCUAACAAACUUGUAUAUCAAUGGUAAAAUGACUUAAUUAAUUAUAGUAAUAUAAGCAGAAACUUAAUAUACUGCGGAUGACAUUUGUGCAGAUUUAAGAACAUAAAGUUUUACCAGGAAUCUAUUCCUUAUAUGAAUAUAAUGAUAUGUCCAUUUAUAUAGCACUGUUACUGUGUGCAUAUACUGCGCUUUGAUACGUGAUAUCAUAGAUAUCUGCAAACAUUAUGAAUGAACAGUAGCUCCUUGCUAAGCUGGACACAAAAUUAUUUACAUGAAAACUUCUACUUGAAAAGAAAAGAGAAUCUUUGCCCUAUCUGUAUUGCACAAAUUAACAAUAAGAAUCAGUUAUUCAGUAGUUGUCAUCGUAGGGGCCAUAACUAUUGAAGUAACCAUGGCAUAGACCUGAUAAAGUCCCUAUGAAGCUGAUGCAGUAAGUGUUGUUACUGAAUUAUAUCGUUAUUAGAUUAUCAAAUGCACUUGGAUUACAUAUUCAAUGUUAUUUGCAUUUCGAUAUUUGUCUUUCUGAGACAAAAAUAGACCAAGAAAAUAUGAUUACCGAUUCUUAGAGUUUUUUAUAUAUAUAUAUAUAUUCAUAUCUCUUCAAGUAGUCGAUCAUGUUAAAAACAACUCAGUUUCUUAUUACUGAGUAAUAUCACUUUUUAUUUUUAUUAUAAGAACUAUCUGAUCUAUUAUUACUCUAAAAACCCGUUUGUUUAAAAUUGCCUUCCAGUAGUUUCCUUUCAUUGUCAUGACUGUCAUUCUUUUUAUCUUUGUCCCUUCCUGUACCGUGUAAAUUUUCUAUUAUUUCCUUUUCGCAGCGCCUUGAGCACAUAAUCAAUGUGGAUUUGGCGCUUUAGAAAUACUCUCUAUUAUUAUUAUUAUUAUUAUGAAACAAAUGUAGUUCUUUUUUAAUUAGUAUGAAACAUGGCCCUCUUAUUCCAUAGGAUUGAUACAUUGAGCUGCUACUUAUUUCACGGACCAUCAAAUAUGAUCAUUUGUCAUAAUUAUGCCCUACUAGUUCAUCUGGGGCGAAAGCUACUGAAGCCAUUCAAUAUAAUUGGCUGAUAGUAAACUUGUCAUAGAAAAUAUGACCCAGCUGUAGUAUGUUAUUCUGUUGAAAUUAACCUAUGUCAAUAUUCAUCAAAUUUUAUGGUUAUAAAUUCUUUUUCCUCCUGUAGCAUGUUUGUUAAACUGCAGGGUACCUCUGUAAAGAAGUUGGUAGAAUUGAACAGGCCAACCGUGCAGUAUAAAAUGAAUAGAACUAUUUGAAUAUUUGUUUGUUUUGUGACUCAUCACUGUCGUAUAUAGUGCGCUAUUCUGAGGACCAACAGAAAUAAUGUGAUUUGUUUUCAUUUUGUUAAUGAAGUGUUGAUUAUUUAUUGAAAAUGAUGAAAUGCUAAAUCGUAGCACAAUUUACAUUUACAUACAUUUUGACAAUCAAAAAUAAAGAUAUCAUGGAUUGAUUGGAUUGAUUAUACAAUGAUAUGUAUGUGACGGAAUGUUAAGGUAAAACAAAAUAUCUAUGUGUAUAUUCUAACACUACAUCAUCUAAACAAAUCAAAAUUUUGCACCAAUUCCUUUUUUGUUAAUUUGUUUCAGUAUGUUCACUAAAAUGCUCUCUGAUUAGAUCAUUUCAAUAAUUUCCUGUUGUAGAGUAUGAACUAUUAUUUCUGUCACAUGAGAAGUUUAUUAUAUUGCAAUCAUUUGAGUUGAAAGAAGAUUUAGAACAAAGUUUAGAAUGGACAAGACAAGUGUCAGAUAAAAAGCAAGCUUGUGUUUGUGUUGAUAAAAGUGAGCAGCUGCAUUGAAUAUGAGUAUGGAUUUGCUAAAAUAUCUCUAACCCCAUGUAAAUUCAAGCUUUAUCUCAUUUGUGAAUUGGAGAGCUUUUAUGGAGAAAAAAAAUGUGUCUUAACUUGCAAAAGGUAUUUAAGAAGUGACUGUUUAUCGUAUGUACUGUGAAAUUGUCUUUUCAGAAAUUGUAAACAACUUUCAUCAUGAUUAUUAUGAUUGUCUUUUGCAAAUUAAUCGACCUACUUGCAUAUUUAUACUUUGAUAUGUAAGCCUUCACAGAGUAAUGUUGUAGUUAGUUAGUUUUAAUAUAUUUUAUAGCUUUUUAGUAUAUUGUAUUAGUUGCAAUAUUUUACACCCUAAUCACCUGAUCUGUGUCUUCUUUACUGCAUAAUCUUCAGUUUUGAAAUCAAUACUCUAGGCAUAUCAAGGUGUGUGAAUUUACAACAUGGUUUGAAUUCGUAACAAUCAUGAAUAAGUACAUUUUACAUAAUGUAAUAUAAGACAUUAUACCUUUAAAAGGAAUGUUUGAAGCCUGUUCUCGUUGUUGGGAAAGUUUUUUCAUGAUGUGUAUUCAAAGGAUUGACAAACAGAAAGCUGCAACUCAAAAAUAGAAAAUUUUUGAACAUUUUGUUUAUGAUUUUCUACAGAGCAAACUUAUUUACAGGAAAUAAGAAGUUUAAUGAAUCCAUUUAAAUCUUCAAGUUUCUCAGAAUCUAGAGCUAUUACUGAAGGCCUCAAAAGGAAUUACGGCAUUCUGCUUUUCAAACCUUUAUGUACUUUUUUAUUUAUUUGAAUGGGCUAAACUCUUAGCUCUGUAAGUUGAUAAAGUGUAAUUUCUUAAUUUCCCCCGAAGCAUCAUGUUCCCUAUUCUGUUUCAAUGGUAAUAGAUACUAUUUAUUGAUGCGCUUGCCUCAAAAGAUAUGGGGCAUGAGAACAUUCUUACUGAUGCAGUUUUAUUUUGUUUUUAUAUUUGAUGAUUGUGCUAACCUCACUUCAUUUUGGCCUUAUUUCUAAUGUAAAUAAAUGAUAGAUAUAAAAAAUAAGCUAGUAAUAAAGUAAUCUUAUUUGUAUUGAAUUAUGCAUAUUUUGUUUAAGGUACAUACUGUUCAUGUAAUAAUGCUUUCUGUAUUGAAGUUGCAGUCCUGUUUGGGGCAUGACUGUUAAAUAGUAUUUUAAAAUAAUAUUCAUCAUUCAUGACAUAAUAUUCUAUACUCCUUAAAAAGGGGGCAGUUAUUGAAGACCAGUAUAACCAAGUUAUUUCAAAUUCAGAGAUUUUAACUUUCUGUAGAACUUAUAUUGAUUUUGUUUUUCUAAAUUGUUCCAUCUGUGGGAUUUUUCACAAAGAUUUAACAGUGUGACUAAUAUCACUAGUUGACUAAAAUUGCACUUUGAUUACUAUAUUGUGGUAAACAAGAUUGGUCCUAAAAACAUGUCUCUUCUGCUGAGACAUGUGCUACAGUGUAUACAUAAAUGAGAUCAUGCAUUAAAUGUCAUAUGGGCAAUUCCAUAGGUUGGUGGACAUGAGCUCAAUGUGUCUUUGUACAUAUAGCCCAUCUGAACCGUUCCGUGAGUAACCACUUUAUCUGCACCCCUAGUAAAAACCAUGUGUUCUUUAUUUUUUUAAUUAUAUACAAAUUUGUCUCCCUAAUUCCUCUUUGAAAUGGAUAUAAUCAACUUUCAUAAAAGCCUUGCAUGAGGACACUUUUCACUUAUGUCCACUUUUCAUUUUAUGCAUGUCCAAAUCAUGUAACAUAAGUAACCGACACAUUUCAAAGAUUUGCCAGGAGCAUAAUGAAAUUUCCCAAGUUUUGUUUUUAUACAAAUGAUGGUCAGACUGCGUACUAUGUUGUGAUAAAGAGAUGUUUAGUUCCUAUCAAUAAUAAUGGAGUUAUAGCUCCAAGUAUGAGUCAAGGUGUCUCCAAAUGUAACGUGAGUACGGUAACCGUGGAAUAGCCCAUGUGGCCUUUAGUGCUUAAGCAUGGUAUUAUGUCACAUUUAAAAAAAUAGUGUUUAUUGCAACAGAUUAACAAAUACUGUUCUCCUCACAAACUAUGUUUUUAGCCCUCUAAAUACUGUAGACAUGAUAAAAAGUUUGUCAUCUCUAUAUUUUUGAAAUCUACAAAGAUUAUUAAUAAUCAUCUCUUUGGAUAUUUCCAAAGAAGUAAAUUCUUCUCUCGCACAACUGUUUACAUAUAGUGUUGUAAUGAAAAGCAUAUUCCAAUAACACGGAAUAAAAGUAAAUAAUCAGUUAUCUUUGUUGGAUAUGAAAUUGUGUGUCUGCUAUAUGUCAUGAUAUGAAUUUUGCAAUCAAAGAGUAAAACAGCUCAUGCAAUGAAACAGAACUUUGCAUUGACUUUUGUUGUAUCAAGAA